CUCCGCCUCUCUCCCUCUUCCUCCCACCCCUCCUCCCGGUGUGGACGGCGGCGGCCGGAGUCGGAGCCCCCGCGGUGCUGUCCAGACUACACAUCUGAAUCAUUGACAGGAUCACAAUCUGAUUUUAAAGAUGUGUUCUACAAACCCAGGCAACUGGGUCACAUUUGAUGAUGACCCUACAUUUCAAUCUUCUCAAAAGUCAAAAAACUUCCGUCCAGAGAAUCAAGGCAUCUGCAGGCCAAACGGACUUAAGCUGAACCUUUCUACUCCUAAGGAAUUUUCCAGUGGGUCUUCCUCCACCAGUAGUACCCCCCUCCCCUCUCCCAUCGUAGACUUCUACUUCAGUCCAGGACCUCCAAGUAACUCUCCUCUUUCUACACCUACCAAAGACUUCACAGGAAUUCCUGGCAUCCCCAAAGCAGGGACUCAUGUGCUUUAUCCUAUUCCAGAAUUAUCUUCAAACAGCCCACUCACAACACCUGGAGCAGAUUCUUCCUUAUUGUCUACUAAACUAACCUGUGUUCCCCAUGCUUCCUUACCCAGUGAUCACUCAUGCACACCUCCAGCUCCCAAAGUGGGUCUUCCAGAUGAAGUUAGUCCUCCACAGGCUGAAAGCCUGGGGUUCCAAAGUGAUGCUCUUCAGUUUCAGUAUUUUCAGGAGGACUGUGCCUUUUCAAGUCCAUUUUGGAAAGAAGAAGGCAGUGCUUCCCAGUUCACCUUUGACCCUCCAGGAAGCAGAAAGGGAUUCCCAUCAAGAGACAAAGAAAUGCCCAUUGAUCAAAAAAGCUUAAAUCAGUGUUCACUCAACUACAUCUGUAAGAAGCUUGAACAUCUCCAAUCAGUUGAGGACCAAGACUCCUUUGGAAGUUUGUCUAUGCAGUGUCUGUAUGCUGAAGAUACAGGCUCUUCCUUUGUCCCCCACACCCUCUUCAGGAGUCAGCCCAAACCUGGAUGGUCUUUCAUGCUGAGAAUUCCUGAGAAGAAGAACAUGAUGUCUUCCCGUCAGUGGGGACCAAUUUUUUUAAAAGUCUUACCUGGAGGAAUUUUGCAAAUGUAUUAUGAGGAGGGGUUAGAAAAACCAUUUAAAGAGUUACAGCUUGAUUCACAGUGCAGGCUUUCUGAACCCAAACUUGAGAACUUCAGUGUGGCGGGAAAAAUCCAUACUGUGAAGAUUGAACAUGUGUCUUACACAGAAAAAAGAAAGUACCAUUCUAAGACAGAAGUAGUUCACGAGCCAGACAUAGAGCAGAUGCUAAAGUUGGGAUCCACAGAGUACCAUGACUUCCUCGACUUUCUGACUACUGUGGAGGAGGAGCUGAUGAAGCUGCCAGCUGUUUCAAAACCAAAAAAGAACUAUGAGGAACAAGAAAUUUCCCUUGAAAUUGUGGACAACUUUUGGGGUAAAAUCACUAAAGAAGAAGGGAAAUUGGUUGAAAGUGCUGUGAUAACUCAGAUCUGUUGCCUCUGCUUUGUGAAUGGGAACUCGGAAUGCUUCUUAACAUUGAAUGAUCUUGAGCUGCAGAAGCGAAAUGAACACUAUUUUGAAGCAGACCCAGAAAAGAAGGGGAUUGAUAUUCUUGAAUAUCAUUUUCAUAAGUGUGUGAAAGCACAAGAAUUCGAGCAAUCAAGAAUCAUUAAGUUUGUACCUCUGGAUGCCUGCCGGUUUGAGCUGAUGCGUUUCAAGACGUUGUAUAAUGGGGAAGACCUUCCCUUUUCCCUGAAGUCUGUAGUGGUUGUCCAGGGGGCAUAUGUGGAGCUUCAGGCCUUUGUCAACAUGACCUCAUUGCUUCCGAAAUCAUCCCAUGCCAGUUCCUUGAGGUCCUGUGACAACAUAAUGAUACACUUUCCUGUCCCGUCGCAAUGGAUCAAGGCUCUCUGGACCAUGAACCUCCAGAGGCAGAAGUCCCUGAAAGCCAAAAUGAACCGCCGGGCAUGUCUGGGGAGUUUACAUGAACCCGAAUCUGAACCUGUCAUACAGGUCACUGUGGGGUCAGCAAAAUAUGAGAGUGCCUACCGGGCCGUGGUAUGGAAGAUAGAUCGGCUUCCUGAUAAACAUUCAAGUCCUGAUCAUCCCCAUUGUUUGUCAUACAAACUAGAACUUGGAUCAGACCAAGAAAUUCCCUCUGAUUGGUAUCCAUUUGCUACUGUUCAAUUUGGGAUGCUCGACACCUGUGCCUCAAGGACAGAGGUCAGGUCUCUGGGGGUGGAGAGCGAUGUGCAGCCACAGAAACACGUUCAUCAGCGAGCUUGCUACAACAUCCAGGUUGAAAUAGAAAAGAAGUGGAUUAAAAUCGACGGGGAAGACCCAGAUAAAGCUGGUGAUUGCAUCACUCAGUAGGAGUAGCAGGAGUUAAUGAGGACAACCCACUUUUCAAAUAGUAAUCGCACACAGUUCUGCUACUGCCUGGUGGAAAUUACUUCGGAAUAGAGGGCUUAGGACAGCUCCAGUGGCUGGCUGUGUUUGGAGACGUUUAGACCUGAAACUGAACAAUCUAUAUUUUAUGCUUUUUGAUAUAUUUGUGCUCCAGGGGUUUGAUUUAAAAUGUGUCUAUAAUUUGCGUGAUGUUUCUGCUUCCUAUUGAAACUCAAAGGCGCUGUUAUUCAAUGUGUGACCCAACAGCCAGUUUGGCUAAAGGGGUUUUGAUUUUUGAUUACUCAGUGGCUGAUUGUUUUGUGCUAUGGAUUACCCAGCUGUCAUAUUUAUUACCCUCCAGUCCCUAUUUCUUCUUGCUAUGUUAGCACCUGUACUGGAGGGUGAGGCAAUAAAAAAAAAACACCCAUAAACCAAAAAUACUUAAUUUUCCCUCUUGCUCAUCUCUGAAAUGUGGGUCGGUAUAGAUUGAUGCUGAAACGACAAGCUAAAAUGGAGAUGUGGAAAGUGUCUGUGGUUUUGAAUUAUUUAUCUUCCUGUCCUCUUACCACAUUGCAAGUAAUCAUUGGCUGUGUAUUUGGUACCUGUCUCCCCCCCCGGUAUUAUUGUUUUCAAAAUGUAUUUGUAUUCUGGUGUUGGCUGCAAAGAAGCUAUUUCUGUUGAUAUACAUAUUUUAGUACCAGUCACGAAGACCUAUUGCCUUUUGCUUGGAGAGAUUUCUUUUAAAAUGGAAUCCCAGUAUUGGACACCAGUUAAAAUAUUUAUGUGCAUUAAAGAUGAAUUUUUAAACUUCAUGAAUAUUCUUUCCCAAAAGUACAGACUCUAAGAAUGUAUUUUGAUAAAGUAUUAUUUGUGAUUAACAUAAGUCUCUCUUGAGUAGAAGUCUAGCUCAUGAUUAUUUUAUGCUAGUUCUACUAAAUUUAGAGCAAAAUGAAAAACACUAGAUUAUUUUCCCUAGAUUUUUGACAUUUCUGUUUUUCGGUCAGCUAAAUGUUUGGUUUCUAAUGAAAAGCCAAUAGCAUUAGCAGUUAUAAUUCUGUUUAUAACUUCCUUUCAGUAUUUACAGGGAAAAGUCAAAUUUUAAAAUUCAUGAAAUCUAUAUUCUAGGUAUUUUUUUUGGUCUGAAAAACAAAGUCCUCCAUUUGGUAUUAACACACCUUCAAUUUAUGUUGGAUCUACAAUAUGAUUAGGAGAUAUUUUUCUCUAUUUACUAGAUUUGUUUUGAGUAAAAAUUGAUAUAAUAAUGUUCUUCCAAACAACAUUUAUUGGUCGGCCCAGAGUUUAUGUCUUACGUUUUAUUUAAUAUUGUGUCACAUUCAUUGUAAUCUGUUCCAAAACCAGAUUAAAACGAACAUGUAUGAUGGUUUGUAUCAAUCAGCAGAUUUUAUUGUUUUUCAUUAUUUUGCUGUAACAGCAAGGAAGGCAGACGUUGACUGUUAAAAUGAAGUGUUAUUGCUCUUUUUAACCCCACUUGAUGCAUUGCUCAUAAUAUCAUAUGCUUGAGACUCACUGUUGAUGUAUGGGAGGGCAAAUCUGUGUGUGCGUCAUUAAGAAAAAUUCCACCAUCUUUCCCCAUUCUCUGGGGCGGCACACUCUGGAGAGACUUCAAUCUGCUCAACCCAAAUAUGAAGGUGGCUGGGGGUGUUGCUGCUCCAGGUGCCAGCAAAGUUCGCUGGGUUAAUUACUGCCAUUCCUUUCAAAUCUGUUUAAUGGCAUCCUGCCCAUGAAGAACUCAGAGUCUGAUUCAGUUGGACUUAAUGAAUAUUUACACCUCGGAAUAAUUUCAGCAAAGGGUUCAAUUAAUCGCCCCUGGUGCUUCACAGGUUGCCUGGUCUGUGACUACCUCACUGCUGGGGUCACUUACUUACCAGCCAUCAGCCUUCAGGAGCAUCUCAAGAUUAGUGUUGGAAACCUAGUAACAAACCGCUGACUAAAGCCCAAAUUGAGUUUUCGCUGCAAUGCAAAGGUUGAUGGCAUUAACAGCAGGGUGCUAUGGCAUAAUUGUUCAUUUGCACAUCUAUUAGGAUUCUUAAAUAUUCAUUACUUAGCGUUAAAUUAACAUUCUGUGGAGGAAGGAGAGGCUUUUUAAUACAAUUCUUUUGACCUCAGAAAUGACAGAAGGUAAGAAAUGACCACAGUGCCAUAAGUGAAAAAUUAGAUAGGGUCCAUUUAGACUUACAAAUUAAGAAGUAGAAUCUCCUUUGCUAGAAAGUAAAUGAUGAUCUGAAAGACAACUAUAAUAAUGAAACCCCUUGCUUUUAAGGUUGUCAAGGAUGGAAGAAAGUGAAGGAGGAACUACUCCUUUCUAGCAUUUUAGUUUAUGUACUUUAGAUUAACCCUUUCUGAGUUUGACUGGUUAGGGGUCAGUCAUUUAGUUACACAUGUCAGGCUUCCAAGGACUUGACCAGGUUCUGACUAGUUGUCCUGCUCUAAUUGUUCAGGUCUGGUUGCCUUCCCAGUCAAAGGAUCAUAUUAACUGUGGAAGUGAAUUCAUGGCUUGAUGGUUACUUGAUCAACUGUACAGAUCAGAAUUUAAAGACAUUUUCUCUUUCUAUGGGAAUAGAAAUAGUUUAUUCAUUUAAAAAGGUACGAAAAAAAUACUUUUCAGCACAUAAAGAUUGGAUUUGUUUUGUGUGGUGUUUUUUCCUUUUAACCUGAUUUAUAUAUUAGACAGUUCUAAGGGUUAUUUACCUUCAUUGUGAGGCUGUGCUUAUGACACAGCCCUUUUCUUAUAAAUUCAGUUAGAAAGCCUUCCUUAAUAAUGAUUAAGUAUUAUAUUGUACUUAAAAUAUUACUUUAUGACAUAGCAACACAAAUAUAAAAUAGAUUGAGCCUUAAUAAUCAUGUAACAAAGUAUUUGGUAGAUUGCAUAUUGGUUUUUCAAAAUUAAAGAUGUAUUUCAAAUGA